AUGGUUGUCACAGGCACUCGGGCAGCCCAUGAAUGCGUCGAUCGGGUCUCACGAGGCUGCGUUCAUGAAUUUUCUUCCCAUGCCCAUCAAGUCCGAUUAAGAGUCGAUCCAUAUGAAUCGUAUUUUGGGAUUGUGUGCUUUGUGGCGUGCAUUAGGAGGAAGGGAAUACAGACGAGCGAGAGAAAGGGAUUGACGGGAAGAGGGGGGAAAUUUGACAGGAUUUCCUAUGAAAUUGAAGCUAUAAAUCAACAAUUGGUAAGUUUUGAUUCUUCCUUCUAUUGUGUUCGUAGGUCAAAUUCUAGCAAUCAGAUAUCCUUCACUACAGUGGUCAAUAAAUUUAAUCAACAUAGUCAGUCUGAGUUUGUGAGGAUGGCUGCUAUGUUUGGAGCCAAAAUCAUACCUUUUGGUGUUGUUGGAGAAGAUGAUAUUGGUGAGUUGAUUUUUGACUAUGAGGACCAAAUGAAGAUUCCAUAUCUCAGACAAUUUAUACAUGAAUUAACUGAUGAGGUCGUGCAGCUUAGAAGUAACGUUGAAGGUGAAGUAGCAAACCAAGAUGUACACUUUCCAGUGAUGCGUCCCAAACUACCUGGGAGAUUUUAUUAUGUUUUUGGAAACCCAAUUGAAACAAAGGGAGACAACAGGAGCUAA